AUGUCGGAGCAAAACAAGACAACUGUUACACAAUCCACAACAGACUCAGGCCUCCUGGAUACAGCCUCUGCUAGUACUCUGUACAAUCCAGAACAUGAAGUCACCAAUCGAGAGAUGACAGAUUAUUCCAAAAUGGAAUCCACAAGUCUUUUUUCUGGAUCUGUUAAUGAAGCUCCAACUUCCAUGGAUACAGGACAAGAUACAAUAACGUCAAAGGAAACAGACAGCCCACAGACAGAUUCUGAACCAACAACCAUGUCUGUAACUGACACAUCUGAGAUGGUUUCUGAAGCAAGUUCUUCUGCAGGAGACACAUCAGAAGUUCCAGUGGAGCCAAGCGCUGGCCUGCUGGAAACAUCAUCUUCUGGUACUUCAUACAAUCCAUAUUAUCAAGUAACUUAUAGGCAGACCACAGACUAUUCAACAUCAGCAUAUCCAGACACUUCCUCUGUACCUGUUAAUGAAGUCUCGACAACCGUGGACUUAGAUCAAGAGACAACGGGUUCAAUAGGGACAUUCACUCCAUCUUCUGAACUGAUGACAAUGUCUGUAACUCAUGUACCGGAGAUGGCCUCUGAAACAAGUGAGUCUGUAGAAGGCAGGACAGAGAUUUCAGCUGAACCAAACCAUACAACAUUUAAAGAACCCACAACAGACCCAGACCAACUGGAAACAACUUCUACUAGUACUCUGUACAAUCCAGAACAUGAAGCCACUACUCAAGAGAUGACACAUUAUGCAACAUCAGAAUAUCAAAACACUUCCUCUGGAUUUUUUUAUGAAGUAUCAACACAAGAAGCAACAACAACGAUAAAAGAUACAGAAAGUCCACAGACAUAUUCUGAGCCCACCACCAUGUCUGUAACUGACACAUCUGAGAUGGUCUCUGAAGCAAGUUCUUCUGCAGGAGAAACAUCAGAAGUUCCAGUGGAACCAAACCGGUCAACCCUUCAACAACCCACAACAAACGCUGGCCUGUUGGAAACAGCAUCUUCUGGUACUUCAAACAAUCCAUAUUAUUCAGUAACUUAUAGGGAGACCACAGACUAUUCAACAUCAGCAUAUCCAGACACUUCCUCUGUACCUGUUAAUGAAGUAUCGACAACCAUGGACUUAGACCAAGAAACAACGGCUUCAGUAGGAACAGUCACUCCAUCUUCUGAACUGAUGACAAUGUCUGUAACUCAUGUACCAGAGAUGGCCUCUGAAACAAGUGAGUCUGUAGAAGGAAGGACAGAGAUUUCAACAGAACCAAACCAUACAACCUUUAAUCAAUUAACAACAGACGCAGACCAACUGGAAACAGCUUCUACGAGUACUCUGUACAAUCCAGAUCAUGAAGCCACUACUCAAGAGAUGACAAAUUAUGCAACAUCAGAAUAUCAAAACACUUCCUCUGGAUUUUUUUAUGAAGUAUCAACACAAGAAACAACAACAACGAUAAAAGAUACAGACAGUCCACAGACAUAUUCCGAGCCCACCACCAUGUCUGUAACUGACACAUCUGAGAUGGUCUCUGAAGCAAGUUCUUCUGCAGGAGAAACAUCAGAAGUUCCAGUGGAACCAAACCAGUCAACCCUUCAACAACCCACAACAAACGCUGGCCUGCUGGAAACAGCAUCUUCUGGUACUUCAUACAAUCCAUAUUAUCAAGUAACUUAUAUGGAGACCACAGCCUAUUCAACAUCAGCAUAUCGAAACGCUUCCUCUGUACCUGUUGAUGAAGUGGCGACAACCAUGGACCAAGUGACAACAACUACAAGCUCUUCCACAAAAAAUCCAAAAGAUUUCUUGAAGCCGACAACUACAGCUAUAACUACAACUACAAACACAGCUACAACUACAACUACAACUACAUCAGAUUCUGCAACUACAUCAGAUUCUGCAACUACAUCAGAUUCUGCACCAAGUGCGACUAUUGAAACAAAUAUAUUAACAACAACAACAACAACCACAACGUCGGUACUUGUCACACAAAUAUACAAAUCAGACCUUCUCUACCCAUACGGAUUGGCGCUCGAUACCCCCAAUCCAAGAGGCGAUGACAGCUCAUCACCAAACAUAACACUUUCCACCCAGAUACCACUGUUUGGCAAAAAAUACUCUCUUUUGUAUGUGAAUAAUAAUGGUUUGCUGUCGUUCAGCGCACCCAUUGGCCAAUUUACACCCAGCAAUAUUCCCUUUAAUUCUACAAAUCCAAUUAUAGCACCUUUCUGGGCUGACGUGAACGCAGAAAUAGCGGGACAAGUCUACUACCGUCAAACCACAAACGGGGAACUCUUGGCACGGGCAAAUUCUGACGUCAGAACCUACUUCAACAACACAAGCUUUGUAGCUGAAUGGCUAUUUGUGGCAACGUGGCAUGAAGUGGCGUAUUAUGGAUCUGAAUCUGGCAUGCAAAAGACAAACACCUUCCAAGUUGUCUUGAUCACCGGAGGGUCUGCCACGUAUGUUCUGUUCAACUAUCGGACCAUCAGCUGGACAACAGGCAGAUCCAGCGGGGGUACAAAUGGACUUGGAGGGACACCGGCAUUGGCUGGGAUAAACACUGGAACAGGAUUCGAUUACUAUAAAAUCCCAGGGUCUCUGACCUCGGCCAUCAUUAACCUUGCAUCGACAAGUAACGUCAACGUCCCCGGGCGGUGGGCUUUCAAAGUGGACAAUACAUAUAUAGAAACUCCAAAAACGGGUAGGUUUUCUUCUGCCAGUAAGUAUGAAAUUUAGAUCAUAUUUAUAUAAAUUCUGCAAAAAUGGUUGUAGAUUGUUUGUUUUAAUUGUCAUACCUUACAAUAUGGAAAUCUAUCACAAAACGAGGUGUUUAUUCAGUAGAAAAGAAUUUUGGCUGGUGUUUAAAGUAACAUUUUAUGGAAAUGUUUGCUCUUUGAAGGAUCAAAUGUAAGUCGGGGGAAAAAGGACCGAACUAAGAGUUGGUUUUGCUCAAAAUAUUAUUAUUACCUUUAACUAUUUUCAUGUUUCAUUGUAUUUUUAUUUAUUGUUAUGACAUCAUAAAGCAUUAUGGUAUCAAGCUGUGCUCCUAUCUGCUUUAACUCACUAUUAUUGUCAAUACGGAACGUUCAAGAACGCGGUUUCAAAAUG